UCCUCUGCUGUAGUUGGAUGAAUCAGUCGACGUUGUCAGUCCUUGGGAUAUGACAGUGCUUUUGUAGUACAGAGCUAACUUUAGCUAGACCGUUAGCAGGAUUUCAGGAUUGCGUUAGCCGAAAGACAAGAAUACAGUGCCGAGGUGGUUUAAGGGGAGAAAGUCGUGUUUUUGUUUUUUUUUUUUUUUCGGUUUGCCUUAAUAUUUUUGAAAGAUGAUAUCGGCAGCGUUGUUGUUUUCUGAUAAAGGAAGCUAAUUCAACUUUAGCUAGAUGGCUAGCUAGCGUGUCAUCAACUUGUGAAUCAGAUAACUUGGUGUCUUUGUGGGCCGUCACAGGCUGAUUAUUCGUCAGCGGCACCAGUUAGCCGGAGGUUUCUCCGUUACUUUAGCCGGGCAGCAGAGCAACGUGCACCGGGAGCCAGAAGUGAAGAAGUGCUAGCUCAUUGAAGCUAGCCGGCUGGAAUCUGGAACAUGAAGAGCACACAGUCUGCCACUUUGGAUUUUGUUCCUCAGAAAGACAUCGUAUACAACAAACUUCUGCCAUACGCGGACAAACUAGAUGAGGAGUCCAAUGAUAUUUUGAGUAAAAUAAAAGGUAACUUGGGCCGAGCUGUCCAGCUUAGGGAGCUAUGGCCCGGCGUCCUGUUUUGGACCAGGAAACUUUCCACGUACAUGAGGCUGUAUGGACGGAAAUUCAGCAAAGAAGACCAUGUGCUCUUCAUCAAGUUGCUGUACGAGCUAGUGACGAUCCCCAAGCUGGAGAUCAGCAUGAUGCAGGGCCUCGCUCGGCUUCUUAUCAACCUCCUCAAGAAGAGAGAACUACUUUCAAGGGAGGACCUUGAGUUGCCGUGGAGACCGCUGUACGAGCUACACGACAGGAUUCUGUUCUCCAAGACGGAGCAUCUGGGUCUGAACUGGUUUCCCAAUUCUGUGGAAAGUGUGUUGAAAACACUUGUGAAAAGCUGCAGACCGUACUUUUCAGAGUCUGCUACUCAGGAGAUGCUGGAUGAGUGGAGGCCACUGCUUUGUCCGUUUGACGUCACCAUGCAGCGAGCCAUCAGCUACUUUGAACUCUUUCUCCCAACAACCCUGCCUCCAGAGCUGCACCACAAAGGGUUUAAGUUGUGGUUUGAGGAGUUCAUCAGUUUAUGGAUGUCUGUACAAAACCUUCCCAGCUGGGAACUCCAUCUGGUCAACCUCUUUGCUCGCUUGGCUAAUGACAACAUUGGUUACAUUGACUGGGACCCCUAUAUACCCAAGAUUUUCACCAGGAUCCUGAGGAGUCUGAAUCUCCCGGUUGGGACCAGUCAGAUGAUGGUCCCCCGGUACAUCACCAAUGCCUACGACAUCAGCCAUGUGGUGCUUUGGGUGUCUUCCCUUCUGGGAGGACCCAGCAAGCAAGCUCAAGCACAGCUCAGUGGCCUUUUCAACAGCAUUACAUCCUUCUUCCACCCGUCAAACCAUGGCCGCUGGUUGAUGAAGCUCAUGAAGCUGCUGCAGCGUCUCCCAGCCAGCGUGGUUCGGCGGCUGCACCGGGAGCGCUACAGGAAGCCCACGUGGCUGACGCCCAUCCCAGACACUCACAAGCUCACAGAGGAGGACAUCACGGCCUUUGUCGAAAGCAUGAUGCAGCCGGUUCUGCUGGCCAUGUUCAGCAAGACAGGCAGCCUCGACGCGGCCCAGGCCCUGCAGAACCUCGCUCUCAUGAGGCCCGAGUUGGUCAUUCCUCCCGUGCUGGAGAAAACAUACCCUGCUCUGGAGACGCUAACCGAGCCCCACCAGCUCACAGCCACUCUGAGCUGCAUGAUCGGCGUGGCACGGAGCCUCGUGUCAGGUGGGCAGCACUUUCCCGAGGGGCCCACUCACAUGCUGCCCCUGCUUAUGAGGGCGCUGCCAGGCGUCGACCCCAAUGACUUCAGCAAAUGCAUGAUCACAUUCCAGUUCAUCGCUACGUUUGUGACUCUUGUGCCUUUGGUGGACUGCUCGUCUGCCCUACACGACAGAACCGAUUUGACAGAGGUGGAAAGAGAAUUGUGCUCUGCCUCAGCUGAGUUUGAAGACUUUGUACUGCAGUUCAUGGACAGAUGCUUCGCUCUCAUCGACAGCAGCACACUGGAGCAAACGCGAGAGGAAACAGAAACCGAGAAAAUGACUCAUCUGGAGAGUCUCGUUGAGCUCGGACUGUCUUCAACCUUCAGCACCAUCCUCACACAGUGCUCGUUGGACAUUUUCAAGGUGGCUCUGGAAAAGGUGUUUAACUUUGCGACGACCAACAUCUUUGAGACACGCGUUUCUGGGAGAAUGGUGGCGGACAUGUGCAGAGCUACCGCUAAGUGUCACCCUGCAGAGUCGCUCAAGAUGUUUGUGCCGCACUGCUGCAACGCCAUAAACCAAAUUGCCGUCAAUGAGGAAGUGUUGAAUGAGGAGGAGCUUGACAAGGAGUUGCUGUGGAAUCUCCAGCUGCUCUCCGAGGUGUCUCGAGUUGAUGGCGACAAGAUCCUGCCCUACCGCUCCGACCUGGUGCAGAUUCUGCAGUUGACGCUCCACUUGAAGUGUAAACAGGGAUACACACUAGCCUGCAACUUGCUGCACCACGUCCUUCGCUCCACUGCGCUCAUCUACCCCACCGAGUACUGCAGCGUGCCCGGAGGCUUCCACCAACCCAUCAGCGACUACCUACCCAUCAAGGACUGGGGCCGGCCUGGUGACUUGUGGAAUUUGGACAUCCGUUGGCACGUUCCCAGCACCGAGGAGAUCUCAUUUGCUUUUUACUUACUGGAUCUGAUCCUCCAGCCCGAGCUGCAGCGCCUUCAGAGAUUUGCACAAGGAGAUCAGGACAUGAGCAGAGAUGAUGUCUUGCAGAGCCUCACCAUCAUUCAGCACUGCCUCCUCGGUGCUGGGAGCCUCAUGCCUCCCCUGAAAGGAGAACCCAUCCCUAAACUUGUUCACAGCAUGGUGAAUCUUGACGAAACCACCCUCUACACAGGAAUGGAUUACAAUGAGUCCAGGGAAAACUACAGAGAUGCGAUCUGUCAUGUGAUGAGACAGCUGCUGCAUUAUAUCCUGGAGCACUCCGAAGAUGACACCAAGUCUCUCUUCUCCAUCAUAAAGAUCAUCAGCGAUCUUCUGCACUUCAAAGGCUCUCACAAGCACGAGUUUGACUCCCGCUGGAAGAGCUUCAACCUUGUGAAGAAAUCAAUGGAGAACAGACUCCAUGGCAGGAAGCAGCACAUCAGGGCUCUGCUAAUCGACAGAGUCAUGCUGCAGCACGAGUUGCGCAAGUUGACAGUGGAAGGAUGUCAGUACAGGAGCAUUCACCAGGAGCUCAUGAGAGAUCUGCUGAGGCUCUCUACAAGCACCUACAGUCAGGUACGCAGCAAAGCUCAGAAUGUGUUGUUCACUGCACUGGGAACCUACAAUUUCUGCUGCAGAGAUCUCAUCCCCCACGUCCUGGAGUUUCUCAACCCGGACAACAGCAGCGUCACUCAGCAGCAGUUCAAAGGUGCCUUGUACUGCCUCCUGGGGAAUCACAACGGAGUGUGCCUGGCAAAUCUGCAUGACUGGGAGUGCAUUGCUCUGACGUGGCCUGCCAUCGUGCGCUCUGGCCUUAGUUCAGCCAUGUCUCUGGAGAAGCCCUCCAUUGUGCGGCUCUUCGAUGACCUCGCAGACAAAAUUCAUCGGCAAUAUGAGACCAUCGGCAUCGACUUCUCAAUCCCCGAUGAGUGCUGUGCUGUUGCCAAACAACUCAUGAUUGCUGAAAAGCCUGUUCCUGCGGAGCCGGUUCCUUCAGAGGAAGAAGAGGAGGAUGGUUCGAAAAAGAAGGACCUGAAGAACUCUGAAUCUGUUGAGAAAUACAAGCAGCUCAUUGCUGAUCUUCUGGACUCCCUUGGCAACAGGAACUUGCCUUGGAAGUUUGAGCACAUUGCCAUUGGCUUCCUGUCUUUGCUGCUGAGAGACGAUCACCAACUCCCACCUCCUGCUGUAACGUUCUUUGUGAAGAGCCUCAACCACGAUUCCCUCUACGUCCGAAAGGUGGCAAUAUCAGCCGUGGCAGGGAUCAUGAAACAGAUCAAGAGACAGCAUAAGAAAGUCCCUGUCAGCCCAUCUGAGCUUUACAAAAUAAAGGAGCCAAGUGGGAUUGUAGCAGGGGACCGUCCAGACAACCAGUGGCUCCAGUACAACAGCAGCAACCUGCCGCGCACUCAGCAGGACUGGGACCACUGUGUGUUCGUGGAGAAGACUCACUGGGGAUACUACUGCUGGCCAAGAAAAUUAUUGAUGUACGCGCCACUGGAAGAGCAACCCAAACAGAACCUGACCAGAGAGGAGAUGACUGAGCGGGAACAGAUCAUCUUCGACCAUUUUUCGGACCCUGUGUUCAUCAACCAGUUCAUCGAGUUUCUGUCUCUGGAAGAUCGCAAGGGGAAGGACAAGUUCAGCCCUCGCAGAUUCUGUUUGUUCAAGGGAUUGUUCCGUAACUUCAGCGAUGCCUUUCUGCCGCUCAUGCGGCCGCAUAUGGAGCGCCUGGUGGCAGACUCUCAUGAGAGUAAGCAGCGCUGUGUGGCAGAGAUCAUCUCCGGACUGAUCCGAGGCUGCAAGCACUGGAGUUACUCGAAGGUGGAAAACCUUUGGCAGUUGUUGUGUCCUUUGCUCCAUACGGCCCUGUCAAACAUCACAAUAGAAACGUAUGCCGACUGGGGCACCUGCAUCGCCACAGCCUGUGAAAGCAGAGACCCGCGCAAGCUUCACUGGUUGUUUGAGAUGUUGAUGGAGUCUCCGGUGAAUGGAGAGGGAGGCUCGUUUGUCGAUGCAUGUCGUCUGUAUGUGCUGCAAGGAGGCCUUGCUCAACAGGAGUGGCGAGUACCAGAGCUCCUCCACAGGCUGCUGCAGUACCUGGAGCCCAAACUCACACAGGUCUACAAGAACGUACGGGAACGUAUCGGCAGCGUGCUCACGUACAUCUUCAUGAUCGACGUCAGCUUGCCGUACACUCAGCCGACCACCUCGCCACGCAUCUCCGACUUCAUCGAGCGAAUUCUGGUCCAGCUGAAGCCUCUGACGGAAGGCGACGAGGAGAUCCAGAACCACGUGGUCGAGGAGAACGAGGUGGGAGAGCAGGACGAGAGGACACAAGCCAUCAAGUUACUCAAAACAGUGCUGAAGUGGCUGAUUGCGAGUGCCGGUCGCUCCUUCUCCACCGCUGUCCCAGAACAACUGCGUUUGCUUCCUCUGCUCUUCAAGAUCGCCCCAGUGGAGAAUGACGACAGCUACGACGAGCUGAAGAGAGACGCCAAGACCUGCCUGUCUCUGAUGUCCCAAGAACUCCUCUACAGUGAACAGAUUCCCAUGGUCCUCAGUGCUCUGCAGGAGAUUGCUGGCAGCAGCUCCUGGCAUGCUCGCUACACCGUGCUGACGUACCUCCAGAUUAUGGUGUUUUACAACCUGUUCACAUUCAUGAGUGACCGGAAGUUAGUGACUGAUGUCCGAUCACUGGUCAUCAGAUUGCUGGAGGACGAACAGCUUGAGGUGCGAGAAAUGGCUGCCACCACGCUGAGUGGUUUCCUCCAGUGCAAUUUCCUGUCCAUGGACGCUCCCAUGCAGGCGCACUUUGAGGCUCUGUGCAAGACGCGCCUGCCGAAGAAGAGGAAGAGGGAGCUCGGCUCCACGGUGGACACCAUUCCCUCUGCUGACCUGGUGCGCCGCCAUGCUGGAGUUCUGGGGCUGAGCGCUUGCAUCCUCUCCAGCCCCUAUGACGUGCCCACCUGGAUGCCCCAGCUGUUAAUGGACCUGAGCGCUCACCUCAACGACACGCAGCCCAUCGAGAUGACUGUCAAGAAAACGCUGUCCAACUUCCGCCGGACUCACCAUGACAACUGGCAGCAGCACAAGCAGCAGUUCACAGACGACCAGCUGCUCGUCCUCACUGACCUGCUGGUCUCUCCCUGUUACUACGCCUAAAACCUGAUUCACAAUCUCCAGACUACCGACACCAGCCUGCACUGGGGAAGGAGACCCUAAUUGGUGGUUGAUGAAAGACGCAGCAUCCCCACAGCCCAGCGUGGAAGAGUGACACGCAAAGGAACUACGUUGUGACACACAAAAGGAUUGUGUAUUUAUGUAUUUAGUUCAUUUGCAUUUCUACUAUACUUAAUAUUUAAGGUUCAAUCAUUGCAGGGAUGGAUGACCUGCAGUUUGUAACAUUAUUGUACAGAUUUUUCUCCCCCUCUUUUGUGGUGUGUAUGUGUACAUGUACACAGGUGUGUGUGUGUGUGUGCGCGUGUGUGUAUGCGUGUGCGGUUUUUGGGAUGCUUGACGACAUCUGCCGGUGUCCCACACAUUUCUCAGGAUUAUAUCCCAAGCAUCAGCUCUGAGCCAACCUGAUGUCCAGCAAAGGACACACUCUUCGCUAUCUUCCAAUAGUGAAGCGUCUGUUUCAUGCCGCAGUGAAGUAACUGCUGAACAUGAACUCUAAGUUUCGGCUCAGUUUUGCAACACGCGAUGUUUGUGUGGCUGUUUGAUCUAUAUAUGAUUAUGCGUCAUCGUAUGCAUGUAUCAUAUCAUAGCAAAUACGCACAAACAUGUUUAUUUAUUUACUUUUAUGAAGCGCUAAGUUUUAUUUAAAUUUUUUUUUUUCUCUUAGAAAUUAAUGCUGCGAUUAAGUGAUUUUAGCAGUGGAUCCUGGUCUCAUCUACUCUUUGCAAAGAAAGCAGCGAGGAGCUUGCACUCUCCCUGUGCUGUGUGGUGCGUUUGUUGCGAGGUCCUGACCAAAGUUAGAUCAUCCCGUCAUGUGUUUUGGUGCAAGGAAAAAAAAAAAUAAAACGAUAAAUCUGAUCUCUUUCCCUGAACAUUUGACCCGUUCUCAAAAUCCAUUAAGAUGAAACGGAAUCGGUUUGAUUUGCAUUUGCGAUACGUUUUGCCCUGAUAACUUGAAAACCAGUUUAAUCUUUGAAGCAUUUAGUACCUCACAUGCAUAUAGUGUAGUGCCAAAACUGCAGUGAUUUUUUUUUUUUUUUAGAUUACCGUUUGCUUAUUCACAGAAACAAUAAACUCUUU